CUUCCUGGGAGUGUGUGGGUGUGUGGUGGUGUGCACUGGCGGCCAGGUCUGGUAGCUUUGUGUAUGUGGUGGGAUGCGUUGGCGGCUGUUUAUGGCUGGCCCUUGUUUGUUUCCCGCGCCGUCGUCUGGAGCGCGGAGGCUCCAACACCUCCGAUCACUAUUAUGCACACUCCAUCAGGCUACGUUCACUCUGUACACUCAUUCAAUCGCUCUGGUUGCUCUUUUGUACUAGUAACGGUUCUCACUCCAAGCACAUUGUUUAGCGUGUGGAGUGUUAGUUAGACAACACUCUGAGCAAGGAGGCACGUCCACUCUCCACGGAGCGCGUGUGUGUGUGGAGGAGGGGAAGAGGAAUUCAUAUGUCGGACAUUCAGAUUUGUCAGAACAACGUUUCCCCCUAUUAGUCCGAGUUAUCGAGGGUCAAUAGUAUUUUUUAAUGUAUGUACCUUUUAUGAAAAAUCACUUACCAUCAUCAUUAUUUUCACAGAGAGAGAGAGAGAGAGAGAGAGAGAGAGAGAGAGAGAGAGAGAGAGAGAGAGAGAGCUGGCUCAUAGUCAGGUAUCUUGCCACCGCCACCCAGCUGGAUACAGGGCCGGGAGCUAUUAUCUAUCGUCCAGAGUGAAGUUAAGGAUCAUCACCAUAACAUAAUACUAUACCCAGACAUUUGUCUGUCAGUCAGUUACACAGUGUCAUUCAUGCUAACUAGACAUACAUGGCUUCCACUCCAGUCCUUUGCAGAUGAUUUCCUGUAAGUGAGUAACCGUUGCAGUGAUACAGAGAGAGAGAGGUUGCAGGGUUUGUUCCAUCAAACUGUUCUAAUGGAUAAACUUGACAUAUGUAUGUGAGAUUUUUACAUAUAUAGUAAUACAAUAAAUAAGAAAAAGCCUCAAGGCUUGAGGAGGUGAGCGAGACAAGAUGCUAGAUACCUCCACUUGCCCCAGGAACAAUAGUAAGGGGGAGAGAUUCAAACGUUUAGCACAUAAAAAUCAUGAUUCCUGGAACGAUCCCUGCCUCUCCACACGCGACGCUACAAUCAUCCCGAAAUGAUAAGGGUUAACUUGAACUUGUCAUAAUUUCUAUAUCUUUGUUCGAAACAAAAUUCUGUGAGCAUAUCUUGAGUUUUGCAAUUACUCUUUGACUCUAACAGUAUCAACCAAAUUUCAUAUCUAGUUUCUGAGGUGAGAUACAACAGGUAAUAUAGAAACGUAUCUGUGACUUCACUCAUUCCGAUCCGACGAACUUGGGCAAGAAAAGUAAGCUGUUAACUCUUCUCACUUUCUCACUUUUAAACCCACAGGGUAGCCAUCCUGUGGCCGCUGCCAGUGUGGCCACCUUCUUUGGUUGUCAUGUAUUGAAGUUUCUCACUCUUGCUUUCACCUGCUUUCUCACUCCCAGUGCGGACGCACCCUUUGAGUUAAGAAUUUAGCAGUCAUCUAUCAUACAUUGCAUCCACACCAAAGAAAGCACUGACAAAUUGCAUCACCUUGUCCCAUGUCUUUCUAGCAAUGGCUGGCCAAGAGGAAUCACAGUCCACCCCUGAGCUGAUCCACAUCCCAGAAAGCAGCGGUUUGGCUUACAUGGGCGGUGUGAGCAGUGAGGCAGGAGCUGUAGGUGGCGUUGUGACUAGCGUGCCCGAGAACACCUUGCAAGAGUCAUGCACACGUCUUUCCACCUCCCUGGAGGAGAAUGGCCUGUACAAGGGCAAUGGACAGGACAGCAGCAGUGGCAGCUCCCACUCAGCACUGCGCAUGACACUGGAUGAGCUACGGCAAGUCAACCGUUAUGCCGAGAGUACCAAGAGUCUCUCCUACCUCCCUCAGGUUCACGAGAGACAGACUGAGCGCAUGAGAACUCGAAGUGAAUGGUUCUUAUCCCAUUCUCCUCAUGCCUCACCUCUACCACCGGUAGACGUGGAGUGCCAGCCGCGUGCCGUGUACAUUCUUCGCUCUGGUUCCAUCAACAGGCCAUCCUCAGAUAGGGAUGACCAACCCCUUUUUCCAGUCGGGGAAUGGUACCUGAAUACCAUACAGCAGUCAAGACAGCAUGCAACCCCCGGAUCAUGGCCUCACCCCCCACUUUGAGCAGCUCCGCAAUGAUGUUACAGAUGUCAGCUGCCUUUCCACUCCUCGACUUUGUCACAGCCUCUUUGACAUCAUCAAUGGAGGGUGCUGUUUCGUCAAUGGGUGGAUCAGCAUCCAGCAUCUAUAAUCCAGCAGUUUGUAGCUGUCCGCUUGGAGGAUUCACCGUGAACAGCUGCUCAAAGUACUCAGCCCAACAAGCCAUCUACCCAUCUGCAUCCGAUAUGAGAUGACCAUCUGCUGUCCGAAUAGACAGAUAGACAGCACAGAUGAAUUUAGUUAGAGAGUGAUAGUUGAGUUGAAGCCAGAUGGUGGAAAACUCAGAAGAUCAAGAGCGUGGGCACGAGAGCAAGUUAAGUCAUUGCUUACAUAGACGCAACAUUCAGCUUUGGAACAAAAAUGAGAAUAGAGAAAGUAGAAGGGAACAAAGAAGGGGUUACUGUCAGUGACCUCUGACAGCUGUCUUUCAGUGAGGAAAAAAAAAUUAGGAUUAGUAGAGGAGAGGUGAUGUUCCACAGAUUGAAAAUUAGAUCUAAGACCGUGAAUGUUGCAGAAGUUAAUGUAGAAAAAGUUGAGGAAGGUUUCAAGGCAUUUGAGGUUGUUAUCAAGAGAGGAGUCUGACCUGGGGACAUUUCUGGUCCCCUCCCCAGAAGGGGACUCCUAGGCUAGGUUUAUUGUCACCAUUUUUUGAAUUUUGAAUUUCAAGUGAAGGGUGUGUGUGUGGUAAGUGCAUAUAGUUUUGCGUGAAGAAGGAGAGUUGUCGUUAGAGGGCAAUCCAUUACUGUCCCCUUGAAUUGUGAGACACAAAGGGAAACAUUCAGCGAGAUCACAACUAAUUUUAAUGGAAGGUUCACAGCACCCCCCAGAACUAGUACUUUUAGACCAUGCUGGGAGUAAAUUACCAUUUCAGUAGAUGUCUACUACCUCCUCCUUGUCCUUGCAGACCAGACAACUAACUUAUGUGUUUAUAAUCUCUUUCUUAUGAAUCUCUCUCUCUCUCUCUCUCUCUCUCUCUCUCUCUCUCUCUCUCUCUCUCUCUCUCUCUCUCUCUCUCUCUCUCUCUCU